AUGAAAACACCAGGAAGUUUAAAAGAUUGCACUGAUAGGCGCGAAGGUAAGUUGAAAAGAAAAUAUUAUUUACGAUAUGUUUCAAGCCAUGCAAUGACUUAGUCGGUUCUUUGCUGCUGAACGACCGGUGAGCAAUGUUGAGAUGUUGAACAAAUCAUCCAAAUCUCUAUUCUCGUUCACAACCGAUGCAUCCGACAUUUCGAAUGACCCAUAGUAUAACAUGCAACAUGGCAUGAUACUUAUAUUCUUGACUGACACGAGUUCUAAAAUUUUUUGACCAACAAAUGUUGGACAAAACCGUAUUUCACUGGCUCUCUUGACCCCAAUUCUUGAACUUUUCUGCUAAAGACUUACAGUGAAACCCCGCCUUAGGGCCACCUCGGUAAUACAGUCACCUCGUUAUUAAGGCCACUUUUUUUUGGCCGCCCAGCAAUGCCAGUGAAAACCCUCGUUAAUGCGGUCACCCGUUAAUACGGCCAAAUUUUUUUGGCGAAUUGGUGACAGUAUUAACGGGGUUCCACUGUAUUUCGGAAUUACUGUUUUCUAAAAUUCUUAUCCGACAUAUUAUCGUGUAAAGGUAGCUGUAAAGUUCCUGAUUAGGCUUUUUUGUCUUUUCCGGAUGAACGCUAAGAAUUCAAUUUUGGGGGGCCGCGGAAUCUGCGGAUUAGAUGGAUAUAAAUUCGCGAAUUAAUGGCUUUGAGCUUGUAAACUACUCAAUUCCUUUCGUGAGGAUUUGAGUAUGCACUUGAUUCGUAUAUACAUAUUCAUUAAUUAAAAGUAGCUAUAAAGAGCGUUACUCCCCCACAAAGUCUGUGCUCUGAACACACAACCCGCAUUGAGCGAUCUUUCAAUUGUCCAUAAAACUGACAUGAAGAUUCUAUUCUACAAAUUAGGAGUGAAUUUGUGUCUUUUGGUUGCGAAUUUUUUAAUAGUGACAAUGGAAAAUUACUCAAAAAUAUUUUAUGCGGCGCCAAUGGGUCGGAUAUGAACAAUGCAAAUUACCGCGUUUUUUGUAUCUGCUAACAUUUUUUGAAUUACCUGGGAACAGAAAUAUGACUCAGCACCGUGUAAUUCCAGAAUUAUCACUUGAAAUAGGAAGCAUAUCCGAGAGAAUCAAGAUUCUCCAAGUCAACGCUUUCUCCAGCAAAGCAAAUCACUCAUUUUUAAAACAAUGAGAUGUGAAUGCGACUUUAAAUUAAAUUUGCACCGCGGUACACAGCUGGCCGGGGCACUAUAUUUCUAAUAUUUCUCACAAAACAGAAUAAAAACUAAUUUGAAAACAAAACAAUCGCUGAUUUCUCAAUUUCAAAAGGUGUGAGUUGUUUUAAUUGUGAUGCGUCGUAAAACUGACUUUCAUGCAAAUUGUCCUUCCAAGAGAUUCGCUCUGGAUUUUCUCCUUGUGUAGCGAAAACAGAAGCAGAGCUACACUCCUACGAAGAUUACUUUUCACUUAAGUUAUAACCAAGAAAUUCUCAUAUGAGCCAUUUAAAAAGGUAAGAACAUGUAAUUUAAUUCCAUUUCAUAACUGAUUGUUUAUGUUUUGUAAAAUUAAUCGUUCCACUUAGUUGUUUGGCAAUAAAUCAAGAUCUGUGUCCUUUUUCUUAAAAAUGUGAUUCUUAAAAUAUCGAUACGAUCAGCUAUAAAAUAAAAUACACUAAUAUGGGACCAAGAAACCAACGUAAGUACAGUCAACAACGACACUCUUUUCGUCAUAACGAAAUCACAUUAGAUCGUCCUAGACUGGAUUUUUCCCCGAUUGUACUCAGUAUAAACCUUAAUUUCUUGGCUUCUUUAUUGAAAUUUUCUUUGAACCACUUGAACACAUAAAAUCCUGUGAAAUGAAAACUCAAACCUAAUUUUGAACAAGUUACAUAAUAUCUACGCAUGUUUAAACCCAGUCAACAUAAGUUUUACUUAAAAAAAACAUAUAUUACUAAUGUACCUUUAAUUUUUUUCAUUUUUAAAUAAUAAUUGGUGGUUUGGGAAGAACUCUAAGUUAUCGGCGAAAAAAUUGACUGCAUUUUCGGACAUAGGUGUAAAAACGGCGGAUUUCAUGAGGGUUUGGAUGUGGGUGCAAGAAAUUUAUAUUUAAAAAAAGUAAGCUUCUGGCAUAGGGGGUUAAUUCGAUUCAAGGGCAGUGCUGAUUAUAGGAACAUUUUACUAAAUUAGUUAAUACAACACAUAUAAAUAUGAUAAAUAUCCCUCAUCAUAUCCCUGUGUAAGUGCAGGAAGUUCAUACGAAACAAAGAAGCUUAUUUUUUUACAUUGAAACACUGAAACAGUCGCUAAGGGCAAUGAGUUUAUUCAUUACCAAUAUUUUUAUUCUUUGCGUUGCCCCUUUCUUAGUUACAGAUUGCGUGAUGAUCCCUACGUUAUAAACUACCUGUAAAGCCGACAAAAACUUUAUGACACUCUAAAUUUCAGCGGUUAAUCAAACCAAGAUUUGUCGUAAGUGCCCGUUUCGGAGGUAAAAGUAUCAGAAAAGCUGUCAGUGAUUUUCUUGCACACCAUUUUGAACACGGGGGGUGGCCUUUUCACCCGUAUCAAUUUCCUGCCUUCAUUCUUCUCCUGUCUCUCGGCAAUUUCAGGAUAUAAAGUAUAAUAUUCAGUUCAAACAGCAGUUCUCUGAUCCUUCAAGGUUUUAUUUUACUGUUCUUGUUAUGUUUUUAGGCAAAGCGAGUGAAAUUGUCGGCUAUAUUUUUAGCUCUACCAAAACAGUUGAGCUCCGGCGCCCAACCUCGUCUUCAGGGGCUUCUCGGUUUGCUGGCUCUUUUUUUGUCGAUAUUUGGUAUACAUUUGACGUCAUCGAUAGCAUACAAUAUCGCAAACUUCUUCCAAAUUUGCUCAACACUAGCUGGCUUUGAAGAAUUAGACGGCGGAUUGAAACCAAUCCAGAAGCGGAGAAAUUUGUUGAAUAAUAAUAAUACUUCCUUUGUGGUCGAUGAAGGCUUUGUUGUGACGAUGCUUGGUUCUCUUUACAGUUGUUGUCAUUUCAGUACAUGCCUAGCCUGCGAACCGCAGACGUAUUUCCGGUCUUCGCUUCUCUCCCUGCGGUUGAAACUAGAAUCGAAAAAGCCGGAUGAUCUCGCAGGUGUGUACGUCACAUUUUUGGGGAAGUGUGUGCCACGUUUUGCGGGGUGUGUAAAAAAUGUCCUUGGUUCAGACCACAAGUUAAAAAAGGUUGGGAUAUAAACUAAGAAUGACCUCAAAAGAAGUGUGAUUAGGUUUUGCCGAAAAGUGAGUUUAAAUUAAUGUACUAAUGGGAGAAUUAUGUCAAAUCAGACCGACGUUUUUUGUUGAUCUGAUUCAGUGCGUGGCUGAAUAGAAGGUUUUCGCCUGCAGAGUUAGAAAUUUUAUUUAUCACUCCUGGAGAAAAAAAGCUAUCGUGCAAUGCUCGUACUCUAGCUGCCGGGGAUUUUUUAAAUCGUCAACGAAAAACUACUGUAUGUGAGUGAAAAUACAUUGCUUCCACAAUUCUAUGUUGAAGAAACUUUUGGCAUUUGUCUGAAUUUGAAGAGAAACCGAGCUAAAAUCAGUCCUGAAAAUGUAAUGAGUUUUUGUAGAAGUGAUGGCUUAGUAGCAAAACGGCACAGUUACAUAAGUGAAUUACGGAUCCCCUUCCUUAUAACAUUGUUUGCUCAAAUGAGAUUGAAAUUCAAUUAAGUAAGUCUUUAAUAAAUUUACUUUCUUUUUGAAAUCUAUAUGCAAAAUGUCAAUGAUACGUCUGUUUUUCCUCUCUGUGAAUGUGUAUACCCUCUGUUGAUAAAACCACAUAAUGAUAUAGGUGUAUAUACUGGUUAUUAAACAGCUAAGAACCCGAAACAUACUUUUAUAGCCAUUCAGAAAAUACUCUUUGAGUAAAAAAAAAAGAUGAAAGAAAUUUGUAAUUUUCCUCAUUUGAAAAUUGUCUCUUUCAGGGCAAUUUUUUCAAUAUCCUUUUCUAAAUUCGUUAAUUCAUUUAGUGGAUAUAUUGUAUUUUUGUUCAAACGUAACGUAAGUGUUAUUUUCGUAAAAUGCGGAUGCAAAAGCUUUUAACGCUAAACACUUACUUGCCCUUUUUAUCAAUUGGUUUGCAUGUCAUGUUUUUGUGUACUAAAUAGCAAUUGAACUAAGAGUCUGUGUAACAAGUUUGUUAGUAUUUCUUUUUCUACUUAUAGUAUUGUAUGUUUCCUGUUUUUAUGACUUAAAUCACCAUGAUCACGCUAAACAUACUUAAAAACCGCAGGGCUCACUUAAGUCUGACUCACAGAAAGUACUCGAAAUACCAUCAUCGACGUUUAAUUUUAAAUAUCAUUGAACUUGAUUUUGCAAAACUAGUGUCUGCUUGCAGAUUCAGUCUGCAAAAUAUCCCGCGCCGUUUGGCGGUUGAAUUAUUUUCUUUUUGUAGAAAAUAAGCCCUUAAAGUAGCUAGGUUGGGAUAAUAUUCCUUAAACAGACAGAGCCUUGAAAUAAAUAUGAAAACGGUUACUGAAAUGAAAAAUACUGAUUAACAGGUCCUAACUUAAUGUCUUUCUUAGUACUGCAAAUAUUUCCUGAGCCGAAUAUUAUAGAAAUAUCACGGUUCCGCGUAGUCGUAUUAAAUUCUCUAUCGGAAGUGUUCAUGAUUCGGAAACAAUAACCUUUAGUGUACUUUUCAAUUAUUCAAGCAUUAUUAUCAAUAGUAAAGAAAGUUUAUCAGCGCAAAAAAAGUCUUCUGAAAUUUGAAUGUGGCAUAUUUAUUAUCUUGUGCUAUAAAGAAAUUUCUCUUGUCCAACUAUACAUUUGGUGCUUUAAAUCUUUCCCAAUGUUCCGUGCUUUUAUGAAGGAUGUUGAAACUUUUUUGCUUCACUUUUCACUUUACGUGAUCAUAUUAAUUUUAGAUGCUCAAUAUCGACAUUGUGCAUAAUUGAAGUUAUUUCCAGAUAUGUCCAUUGGCAAUAAAUACACGAUUUUUUUCUUCCUUUUCACUUAAAAGGGAAUACUUAAAGCUGUCAAGCCCAGAAAAAGAGGAGAUCUCAGAGAUUCAUCAGCUAAGGAAAGUUGGCGUUCAAGGCGAAGUUAAUCGGAGACAAAUUAAGACGAAAAGGUACGUUAUAGAUAAUCUAAAAUUCUUAUUGUGAUGUCUUUGAGUGGAGAGAAAUUUCUUUAAGUAGUUACAUUAGCAUGGCUAUAGCUUGUCGCCAACAGAACUCAUUUCAUCAGAUACGGCACUUUGUAGAUAAUUAUUUGUAUGUCCUUACUUGGCUCGACUUGGCUCCUACAUCAACACGCCUAUUUUGACUAAGCAAAGCAGAAUCCUGAUUGCCGAAUAUUAAAUAAAUCUUUUUUGCCUUGUUUAAGAGCGCGAAUAGUAUGAAUAUGAGUUUACAUCUUUACCUUCAUUGUGUAUAAAUAUUUCCGAUUUGGCUUUAAAGCGAUUAUAUAGGAGAAGCUUGACCAUGAACGCGAGCAAUGUACUUCCCUGAAUCGCUUUAUAGCCAUAAACAUAACUGACACCGCUUGCAAAAAUGUUGCCCCACUGACAAAAAUAUUUGCUUAAAUGAAUAUCAAACUUCCGUCCAUCUGGCUAUCGUUGAUUUUUUUUCCGCCGUUUAAACGAACCUUGGAAUGUUAAACUGAACUUUGGUGGUCAAGAUGUUGGUCUCUUGCUGAUUACUAUGUAGCAGUAUUGCUGUAUGGCAUAUAUAGGCUGCAGAAUAUGCUCUGAGAGCCGUCUAGAGAGAAGUUUAGAAUUGGUAGUUUUGGUCUCUGAAUUUUUGGUAACUAUUUUGGUUUAACAGUUGGUGCGUUAUUCAAAUCAGACAAAUCAGAUUCUAGACUUCAUUCUCCAGUGCUAAGAAUCCUAAUGCGAUUAUGACUUACACCUAAAGCGCGAUACAAAGUGGCAAGAAAUUGUAACCUACCGAGAAAGCAGAUGAUUAAUUUGCGCGAUGCCAGAAUGUCGCAGUAUAUAAAAAAAGGUGUUGAUAAUAGGUCUAUGGCUACGCUGGUAACUUAUCAGGAAUAAUCCUUCCACUACAUUCAACCCAUACUUAUGCUGAAGUUGUUGCCGUAACACCCGAAAACCUAAUCGCUAAAUUACCUGAAAGUAACCUUUUUGGUUUCAAUUUUUCUUUGCCGCCAAAGUCACAGUUUUUUUUGCCGUUGUUUUUCACGGAAACAGAUUUAAAACUGAUGGUAUCUCUGAGCGAUUAUCAAGCCUGCAUUGUAAUCUCCCUUGAUUUUUGCCUCAAUGACGUGUACAGGAGUCAGUAGAUCAAAACAAAGAGUAACGUUUUGUCGCAAAUGAAAAUCUAAUCAAUUUCAUUGUACGCUUCUCUCUCAAAAUCGCCUCUUGUGUCUCUGAAGUUCGGAAAAAGGACAGGCGAGAUAUUUCAACCUUGUCCCAGCAAUUACCUUCCAGUUAUUCCCGCGCCAUACUUCAACUAUUUGGGUAGGCCUAACAGCCCAGUUGAAUGAAGUCACGAGUAUCUUAAAUCUAAAUGUCGUGAGCAGCCUAUCAUGCUGAUUAUCUUAAAGUAGGAUAAGACAUGGAUAAUUACAUGAGUAUAAGAAUGGGGUGCAGCUAAACUUCAUCCAGCUGCUUUAACAUCAUCGUACUAACUUGAUGGUAAGGCAGGUAUCCAACCGCUAAUAAUUUUUAGUCCAUUCUGCUCUCCAUUGUCGCAGUUCGUCUUCGUUUUGAAACCAAAUUUUAUGGCUCAAACACGUCAGAUCCGCUUUGUUUUUUGCAAUUAUUUUUGUCUUCGUACGUAGCACUGAGAGUAGUUUGCUUGUGCCAUGGCGUUAGUGCAAGGCAAAAAAUAUGUAAGAAAGCAAAUGGAAAAGUGCCGGCCGGAAAACUGAGGAAAACCGCAAUAACCACCGGCAGGUAGUAAGUGAAGAAUCAAUAUUUAGUUUUGGUGUCUUGUGGGAGUAUGACACAGUUGCACUGAAAGGUUUUCAAAAUUAAAUUAAGUGCAUGUCUAUAAACACAAUGUUGCGAUCUUAGGCCAUGUUACUAGUUAUCAGCAUUUACUCUUGUAAAUUUUAAGAAUAAGUUUGAAAAUCAGCUUACAAUACUAAAGUUUUGAGUAGGGUUUUCAUACGGUGGUAAUAAGAGAGAGGGGAUGACAUCCUUUUUCCCUCGAUAAUUUAUACUAAAAUGAGGGGGAAGGAACUCACCGCCCCACCCCUCCCCCACUAAUCCGUCUAUUGGUUCAAAUGACAUCUCUAAUAGACAAUUGCAUGAUCAUGUCUUUUUACUACAACUCCCAGCAUCCUUGUUGUUUUCUGGUGCAAAUUAGGACUAUUGUUUUUUAAACUUCAGCAGGAUUGAGAAAUUCAAAUAAGAUAGCACAAACGAAAUGAAUUCUGGUAGUUGUAGUCAAAUGUUGUCAUCGUGAAAAUGGCCUGUUGCUGACUUCCUUUGUUUUUGCUACUUACAGGUAUUAUAAGAGGUGGAAACUGUCAUGCGCCUUGUGAACUCAGUGUUUUAGCCGAAACAAGCUAUUUGGCGACGUGGGGACAAAGGCAAUUAGCUCAUUACCAAGAGUUUCAAACAUUGAUAGUAUAACGGAGAGUCUUCACCAUUGGACUAAAUCCACUAUAUCCCAUUAAUGGAAAACAGCACCCGACCCUCGCUAAUAAAACACCGCGCUUUGUUCCCGCUAAAAGCAAACGUCACUAAAUUUCCACCAAUUGGAAACACUUCAACGAUGACAGUUGUAGCAAAUGCCACGUCGUCUGAAUUGUUGAAACACACUUUGUUUCCGCUCAAAGCAAAUGUCACCACGUUCCCUCCAAUGAGAAACGCUACCGCGAUGACAGUCGUAACAAAUGUCACCACGACUGAAUUCCCGCCAAGUCAAAGCGCACCAAGUUCCACCAAUAACGACAUCUUUAAUGCGAUUCUCACCGUUCUUCUGGCCUUUGUUAUUAUAACUGGGCUGAUUGGCAACAUCAUGGUUAUCGUAACAAUACGAGGAAAGCGAAGCAUGUGGACCCCAUGCAAUUUCUUCUUGAUGAACAUUGCUAUAGCAGAUCUGUUGGUAGCCAUUGUUCUAACUCCCCUUCGCACGGCUGAACUAUUCAAUGGCUGGCCUCUGGGUGAAUUCUUAUGUCAGUUUUUUGGGCCAUUACAAGACGUGAUCGUGUGUGUUUCGGUCGUCCUGCACACUUUGAUAGCAUUCGAAAGGUAUCGCGGAAUUGUGACACCUUUCAAGCCUAAACUUUCUUUUCGAAAAGCCAAGAUAGCCAUGGUAGCCAUUUGUUGCGCAUGCUAUGUACUCAUCGGAUUACCGCUGGCGUUAGUUUUGAAAGAGGUAGAGAGGAAGGGAAAUAAACAUUGUGUUGCUAAUUUCCCUUCUCUGACAUUCCGUCAAGUUUUCGAAGUUCACCUUGUGGCGACUUUCAUGUUUUUACCAUUGGUUGUUCAAACUUCGACUUAUAUCAAGAUUGUUACCGCGAUAAGAAAGGAAGACAAGUUGACCCAGACAAUUUCAAGAAGCGGAACUGUUGAGCAGAGGAGAAAUCAGAUCCGGAAAAAAGCACGUUUGGUUAGAAUGCUGAUUAUUCUCGUUGUUGUAUUUCAAGUGUGCUUUAUUCCGCGUGGAAUUUAUAUGCUAGUAAACGAAUUUACCAGUGUAAACUUCAAAAACGAAUACCAAGAGAGCCUAUUGGUCGCUGGGAUAGUCACAAUCGUUCUCAACUAUUUAAAACACGUCUUAAAUCCCUUUAUUCUGUUUGCCAUGAGCACUGACUUUCGAAAGAACUGCUUUCUUUCUCGCGAUUUCUGCCACAAAAAACCGCUGGAUUUUGUCUCAAGCAUUAAGCAUUCCGUUUCUCGGGAUUCAAAAAAAGACCAGAAGGAAUUGCAGAUGUUGAGUGAUAAUUCACCAGGACGUAGAGAACGUACAAGUAUAGAGACUGACGUGUAG